UCCAAGACCCACGCCCCGCAUCUGCUCUGCGGCUCCGUUGCCCGCGAUGUCGGACGCCUUUGCACGCUUCGUGGGCUCCGCGCUGGGCGCGGCCUUCGCUGAGACGGUAACUCUGCCGACGGAUGUGAUCAAGGUGCGCCUGCAGGUGUCUGCUAACUACGGAGGCGUUGCCGACUGCCUGCUGAGGACGGCCCGCGAGGAGGGCCUGCCUGCGCUUUGGAAAGGUCUCUGCCCGGCGCUGGUCCGCCAGGUAUGUUACACAUCCAUGUCGCUGGUCAUUUACGAGCCCAUUCGCGGGUUCUAUGGCCAGAUGCUAAAGAAUGACCAAGGGCCGAACUUCCUGCAGCGGCUGGCGGCGGGCGGCACGGCGGGGGCCCUGGCCAUCUCGGUCUUCAAUCCUGCAGAGGUGGUAAAGACUCAAGUGCAGACCAACGUGGGCAGCGUGUCCAUGCGCGAGGUGGCCGCUCGUGUGUGGGCGCAAGACGGUCUCCUGGGCUUCUGGGCAGGCCUGCGCCCGAACGUGGCGCGUACCUUCCUGGUGAACGCGGCGGAGCUGGGCACCUAUGACGAGGCCAAGACCCGCCUGGUGCCGCACCUCGGGGAGGGCUUGCUGGCGCACGUGGGAGCUUCGGGCGUGGCGGGCUUCACUAGCGCCUGCGUGUCGACUCCCGCGGACGUGGUGAAGACGCGGCUCAUGAACGCGGCGGGAGGGCAGAAGCAAUACCGAGGCAUGGUGCACGCCUUCAGUCGAAUCCUGGUAGAUGAGGGAGCUGCUGCUCUUUACAAGGGCUUUCUGCCAAUCUGCGUGAGAAAGCUGAUUUGGUGCGCAGCAUUCUUCGUGAGUUACGAGCAGAUUCGAGCCGCGAUCAAUGCCUCAAAGCCUGUUCAGUGACUGCUGUGCGCGCUUUCACUGCAUCACUUUGCGCAAAAUGGCGCUGCAACAAAGCAGAACACGCAACUCAACUCAAAUUAGGUACCUCAGCUGUGUCCAAAAUGCUUGCUGGAAUGCAGACAGGUCUCACCGCCUUUUCAGCAGGCACGUGUUGAGGAAUCUGGAGGCAUCACGUUGCGUUUCAGGUUGGAUCGUGGGCCAAGCUCGCUUGACAUUCCUUGACGUUUCUGCG